CAUCACACCAUCACCCACAUCACCCACAUCACCCACAUCACACCAUCACCCACAUCACACCAUCAUGUAUCUCUCUCCUCUCUUCUGCGUCCUCUUCCCUCUCCUCCUCCACGCCGCUCCUGAGCCAAGCACUCGAGACGACACCGCCCGCUCACAGACGAUGUCACCGCAGCAGCAGUGGAAGGAGCCUGACGUCCCUGGCUCGUUCCACAACGGAGCGGACUCUGUGGGGCUCGUGGUGAGUGCCACGCCGCAGCGACUCCGUAAGGUGGACAAGGGUGGUACCGCGCCAACGGAGGGUGGCGCCGCAGUGACGGAGGGUGGCGCCGCCCUGACGGAGGGUGGCAUCGCAGUGACGGAGGGUGGUGACGCACUGACGGAGGGUGGUGACGCAGUGACGGAAAGUGGUGACGCAGUGACGGAGGGUGGCACCGUACUGACGGAGGGUGGCAUCGCGGCGAUGGAGGGUGGCAUCGCGGCGAUGGAGGGUGGCGCCGCCCUGACGGAGGGUGGCGCCGCCCUGACGGAGGGUGGUGACGCAUCGGAGGGUGACAUCGCGGCGAUGGAGGGUGGCACCGCAGUGAAGGAGGGUGGCAUCGCAGUGACGGAGGGUGGCGCCACGGCGACGGAGGGCGGCGGCAUGGCGACGGAGGGCGACUACGAGGGUGACGACGUGUUUGUGGAGGCUCCCGACGAGGAUUACGCGGUGCUCUUCCCUCGCGACGACGGCGACGACGACGAGGCGGUGGAGAGGAUCUUCGAGGCGGCCGUGGACGACGGCAACGACGUCUUCACCCUCCCCAACCUCCUCGAUGACCUCGUCAGGGCCGAGAUGAGCGAGCUGAUGCCCAGCGACGAGGACUACGACGAGGACGGUGCUCCAGACGAUAUCGACAGCAUGGUGGACAACUCGAUAGUCCAUCGGCGGAGGGGUUCUCUCUACCCGGACUACCAGGACCUCGGGGCUACCUCCUCCUCCACCGGCGAGGGCCGGGAUCCGGACUACGCGGCCCCCAUGGGGGUGCUGAUCAACGAGGCGCGGCGCGAGAUGGAGGAGCGCCGCGGCCUCCGGGACGAGCUGGGUGGAGGUUUAGUGGAUGGGCCGCCGGAGGAGGUUGGGCUGGAGCGUGGGGAUCUGCAGCGGCUCGUCAGCAGCCUGUCUGUCGUCAACGGCGACGCGGAGGCUCAACCACAUUAGCUCCGUCCGUCCGUUUGUCCGUCCGUCCGUCCGUUUGUUCAUCCGUCCGUCCAUCUGUGCGUGACGUGGGACCGCGAUGGCUCUCAUUUAGACAGACUGACGUGAACCGGAACCCCUCGCGUAAAAGUUGUGUUGCCCUUAGCGUGCUUGCCCUGUAGAAAAUCAUUAUCGCUGUGUCGUGUGUCUUUGUGUGUGCCCGUUUAAAUUGGCACGACACGGGCUGGAGAAGAGAUGGGGUGAUGUGGCACAGGAGGACGUGGAGCUGAGUGGACUUGCCGACGACUGGUACCAGCGGUGUCAAGAUCGGCCUCUGUGGAGGAGGCUCGUGAAGGACGCUAAUGGGCAGUUGGAGGCAGUCGUCCCUCCAAUGACAACGGAGGGUGGAGGAGCGACGCUCACAACAACGAGCGGCGCACCAGGCGGCUAAAAUGCGGCAAGUUGAGACAGUCGGCCCGCCAUCUCAAUCAGUGAACCCAUGGCACCUGCUGGGUCUGUCCCGUCACCUCCUCUCAGCGAGCCUUCCACACUUCACGUGGCCUCAAAGUGCACCUGGCCUGGCACACAAGCGCCACGACGUCACCGUCGCUUUGUGGUGAAUGGCGGAUAUUGGUGUGUAUUUGUGUGUAGGGUGCUCGCUAACAGCACUUGAUUCAACAGUCCGUUAAGGCUAUGUGGGGGGAUCUGUCUUUGUGCAUGUGUUAGGAGUGGAAGUG